GGAUAAAGUUACUGAAUGGAGGACAGAGGGGGUUUGGUAUUUAGCCCACUGGUUCCUCUGGGUCCAGUGAAGACAGCCUCCUUGGCCUGGUUCAACAUGACGUCUUUAUCGUGCCUGCUGGGGCCGCUGUGCUGUCUCUUUUUUCUCUCAGGCCUGUUUGAAGCCAAAUCUUUGCUCCAGGCCAUCACGCAGGAAGACAUGGUGCCUUUGAGUGAUGUGAGCAUCCACUCGCAGAAAGCCAACGACUUCCUGUCCCACUCGAGGCCGAAGCGUAACGCGGACCCCAAGUGGUACAGAAAAAACCCGGACUUUCAGUCCUACUACAGAUACUACAGCAGCAUCGGCCACAACGAGGGGCUCUACGAGAUCGACAGGCUCCGGAUGCUCUACCAGCAGAUGCGGUACCUCGAGCACACCUACGGCCCCAACGCCUCCUACUUCCAGAGCAAGCUGGGCGUGCCGAUGAUCAUGUGCGACCCGGUCACAGACAAAAGGUGCAAAUACGCUGCUCCCCCGCCUCCUCCUCCGAUGAAAGGAGUCCCCAAGCCCACGGAUCCUCCGGCGACCCCGCCUCCUCUGCCUCCCGCUCCGGCCAUUUCCCAGGCCGACGUGCUCUUCCUCUGCAACAGCCGCGACCCCCUCUGCAAGCCGCACAUCGUCUACUUGCCCACCGGCGCCGUCCCAGUGCUCUGCGACCCUCGUUACCACCCCCACUGUACCCCCCAGAAAGCCCCGCCGCCCCCUCUGGUGGUCCCCAAGCAGCCUCAUCUGAAGAAGUUCCCCCUGCCUCCACCGGUUUUGGUCAAGAAGCAUCCUCCUCCUCCUCCGGCGCCCAUCCGCGUCUUCAAGGGCAUGGAGUACGACUGUGACCCCUACUGGGACCCCGACUGCCUGAUCGACAACCCUCCGAGACCCAUCAAGGGGAAGAUCGUGGGGCCGCCGCCACCGCCGCCUCCUCCGCCCGAGGAGGAAGAAGCAGAGGAGGAACCCGUGGAGGAGCCGGCACCUCCUCCGUCCAAAGAGAAGCUGGGCUUCUACCCUCACCCUUACUACCACCCCUACUCCUACGACCCCCGGGAUGAUCUAUACGACCCGGUGCGCUUCCAGUACCCACGGCCAGACGAUGCUGCGGACGAGCCUGCAGAGGAGGACCAGUGAGAAAAAAACAUCCC